AUGAGAGGCAUCCAAAUCGCCGAGUACGUCAAGGGCCCUCACGAGCUCAAGGUGACGGAUCUCUCGGAUCCGAAACCGUCUCCUCAUGAGUAUCUCAUCGAGGUUCACGCCGCGGCAACAAACUUCUUCGAUAUCCUGCAGAUCCAAGGAAAAUACCAGCACCAACCUCCCUUCCCAUGGGUCUCCGGUGCUGAAUUUGCGGGCGUUGUGCUGGCCACCCCCGCCAACUCCAAGAACCCCAAAUUCCCCGUCGGCUCCCGAGUGUUUGGGGCCACACAAGGCGCCUAUGCUACCAAGGCCGUUGCGAGCGAGGUGAGCAUGCUGGCCGUCCCAGAGGGAUGGAGCUACAAGGAGGCCGCGGGGCUGUUUGUCACAGCGCCCACGAGCUACGGAGCCCUGGUGGUCCGGGCGGGCGUCAAGGCCGGCGACUAUGUGCUGGUCCAUGCUGCGGCUGGUGGUGUUGGUCUUGCCGCCGUUCAAGUUGCCAAGGCUUUCGGUGCGACCGUCAUCGCGACGGCUGGCACGAAGCGCAAACUCGAAGUAGCCAAGUCCUUUGGUGCGGACCAUGUGGUUGACUACAAAGACCCCAAAUGGCCCGAGAUCGUGAAGAAGUUGACUCCCAAGGGUAAGGGUGUCGACAUCGUCUACGACCCCGUGGGUCUGGUGGACAAGAGCACAAAGUGCACGGCCUGGAACGGGCGCAUCCUGAUUGUCGGGUUCGCCGCGGGCGCUAUCGAGAAGGUCGCCAUGAACAAAGUGCUGCUCAAGAACAUUAGCUUGGUAGGCAUCCACUGGGGCCAAUACGCGGUCCACGAAAAGGCGACUGUGGUGACGGUAUGGCAGGGUAUUAUGAAGUUGAUCGCCGAGGGCAAGUUUAGGGGCACCGAGUUUACGGAUCGGGAGUUUGUUGGGCUGGAAAAGAUUCCCGAUGCGCUCAAGGCUUUGGGGGGCCGGGAGACGUGGGGUAAAGUGGUCGUUUCUGUGCCCCAGGAAGGACAGAGCAAAUUACGCACCCUCCGCUCUAGCGCUUCUGGACUGUCCGUCGCUGCUGCUGCAACGCUCUCGCACCCGAUACGCCCCCUUCACCAGAGCGACAUACAAAACACCAUUAGCAAGCGGAGGAUGUCGUCGCACAACAAGGUCGUUAUUAUCGGCUCCGGGCCGGCCGCCCACACGGCCGCGAUCUACCUAGCCCGCGCCGAGUUGAAGCCUGUCCUCUACGAGGGCUUCCUAGCCAACGGCAUCGCGGCGGGCGGCCAGCUGACGACGACAACCGAAGUCGAAAACUUCCCCGGUUUCCCCGAGGCCGUGACAGGCGCCGGGCUGAUGGACAAGAUGCGCGCGCAGUCAGAGCGCUUCGGCACCGUAAUCGUCAGCGAGACCGUAGCCAAGCUCGACCUGUCGAAGCGGCCGUUCGAGUUCGCGACCGAAUGGAGCCCCGACACCGUUCUCACCGCCGACGCCGUGAUCCUGGCCACCGGUGCGUCCGCCCGCCGCCUCGGCCUCCCCGGAGAGGAGAAGUACUGGCAGAACGGCAUCUCGGCCUGCGCCGUGUGCGACGGCGCCGUGCCCAUAUUCCGCAACAAGCCGUUGGUCGUCAUUGGCGGCGGUGACUCGGCGGCCGAGGAGGCCAUGUUCCUGACCAAAUACGGCAGCCAUGUGACGGUACUGGUGCGCCGUGACAAGUUGCGCGCCAGCUCCAUCAUGGCCAAGCGCCUAUUGGCCCACAAGAAGGUUACGGUGCGCUUCAACUCGGCCGGUGUCGAGGUGAAAGGUGACGCCAAGGGCCUGAUGAGCCACAUCGUUGUCAAGGACACUGUCACCGGUGCCCAGGAGACCCUCGAGGCCAACGGGCUGUUCUACGCUAUCGGCCACGACCCGGCUACCAACCUUGUCAAGGGCCAGCUGGACACGGAUGAGGAUGGUUAUGUCCGCACUGUCCCGGGCUCGACACUUACUAGCGUGCCGGGCGUGUUUGCGGCGGGUGACGUUCAGGACAAGAGGUAUCGCCAGGCCAUUACCAGCGCAGGGACGGGCUGCAUGGCUGCGUUGGAUGCGGAAAAAUACCUAGCAGACCUGGAAGAAGAGCAAUGA